CUGCCUUGCCAAAUAAUGGCUACUCAAUUUUUUACUUUUGACAUGCUACGUUGCAAGUCGUGCGCCGCUCCAACCUUUGCUACCUUAUCCACAACUCGACCAUGAAGAUUUUUGGCUGGGCGCAUCCUAUGUCACCGACAAAACACCGUUCAGCAGGGUCUCGUGAACAUGUUUCGAAAACUGCAAAUCGCAUGAUGCAUUUCAAGGCACCCAAUUGCUCAAUAUAAGGACUUCCCGGAUACCUUCAACAUUGGAAUGGGAACCCUGAAAACCCUACAGGCUGCCAUGAGACUCGUUACUAUUCCUCUACUGACGGCUUAUCUGAGCAACCUGUUCACACCAGGUGUUCAAGGCGUUUCUGAGAGGUCAGUCUCGCUUCUUUUUGAGAAUGAUGGGAAUUGGGAGAACUUGGCUAAUCGCACAAGUGCACUGUUAUUUUCCGAUCCCGAAACAUUUGAUGAUGCUACCCAAGUAUGUCAAGACUUUGACGAAAAUCUUCUUAAUAUCGAAGGCCUAUCAGACAUCCGGGAUAAGCUCUCAUAUUUAAGAUAUCAGGGCGAGUUUAACGAACAUACAAAGUUCUGGGUUGCUUCAAAUACCACUGGCGGAGGUUCUGCAAUAGCGCCCUUUGCUCCCAACUCGUCGGCAUCGAAUACUGGCUCAUCGCAAAAGCUCCCUUUCCUCUGCUCCAACUCCGCGCCUCUCACGUCCCAGGUCGACACAGAUUUUGCAUCAUUGCCUCAAACAAACGUCACCUCGAAUGGGAUCGUGUUUGCGGGUGUUCGAGAUCAUCUAACCUUUCGGUUCAUGGGUGUCCCAUACGCAUCUUCGCCUACAGGCACAUUACGAUUCCAGUAUCCAGUGCCUUGGAAUGGUACAUAUGUCAAUGCGAGAGGAUUCCGACCAGCCUGUUUACAAUUUGGGUCCUUUGCCAAUAACGACGCGGGCUUGAACCCAUGGGGGAUCAGUGAAGAUUGUCUUUUCCUCAAUAUCUACACCUCGUAUAUCCCUUCUUCCUCAAUCAGACCAGCUUCACUCAGACCCGUGCUCUUCUGGAUACACGGCGGCGGUAACUUAAACGGGAUGGGCUCCGACGAGACCUUCGACGGAGGUCCGCUCGUAUCUCGAGGCGACGUCGUCCUCGUCACCAUCAACUACCGACUGAACAUUUUCGGCUUCCUUGGCCUCAACGAUACCGCUAUCCCAGGUAACUACGCCAUGGCCGACAAGAUUGCUGCCUUGCGUUGGGUCAAGGACCAUAUCGCAGAUUUUGGUGGAGACCCAGAGAAAGUGACAAUCUUUGGGCAGUCAGCCGGAGGAUGGUCAAUAGUAGAUCUGCUGAAAAGCCCAAAGGCAGCAGGUCUGUUUCACGCUGCGAUUUCUCAGUCUGGCGGUUCGGGAACAUUCACAACUGCGGAAGAAGUCUACAAGAUGGUUGUGCCUUUUCUUUCUCCGCUAUGCAAUGAAACAGGUACAGAGUUACUCAAAUGCCUCCAGGGUUUACCAGCCAAUGUCCUUUUGAAUAUCACCAACUUUGCUGGCUCCUGGAGCACAGUCAUAGAUGGUAUUUAUGCCCUGGACUCUGCUGUAAACCAGAUGGCUCUAGGUUCGGAUGCAGUAAAUAGUGUACCGUUCAUGCUCGGCUUCAUGCCCGAAGAGGGACAAUCUUUGUUGGGAACUACUAUAUUGCCCAAUACCACCGACUUUAACCAGUCCCUGAUUAAUGCGAUAGGCUCCACUUUAGCUCAAGAUGUGCUACAGUCUGGGUAUUGGACAAUCAGCGAAGAGUUCGAUGUUUACAACGCGACUAUUGAUGCUUACACGGAUUGGUUCCUCACUUGUCCCGCGGAGAACAUGAUAUCUGCGGCGUCGAAGUCCAAUGCCUUCCCUGCUAUGUACGUGUACUCCAUGCAGCACGCUUACGGGCUCUCGUUCUAUGAUCCAUAUGAACUUUGCACAUUUCCUGUGGGAGAUCCUCAGCCCUAUUAUCGGUGCCAUUCUGGUGACCUAUACGAGGUUUUCGGAACGUACCACCUCUUCUCUGAGCCUCUCCGCGUGCCAGCUGACAUCUUCUACACGAAUCUUGUUCAAGAUCUUUGGACGACUUUUGCUCGAACGGGAGAUCCUAACCCAGACUUGGCAGAUCUCGCAGCUCGGGGUCCUGCAUAUGAAAGUACGCGUUGGCUGCUGGUCGACACGAAAUGGGUCUGGCCUAAAUACGACAACGUGUCCAGGCAGAUAGCGUCUCUAGAGUAUCCGGAAUUAAUGACGGUCAGAGGGUUGCCUGACGACUUGAACAAGAGAUGUGCUGUAAUUACUGCUGGGUCUGAAAAUUGACGAUGCACAUGAAAAAGUGUAUGAUUCUAGGGUUUAGGGAAUGUAUUCCUUCUACGUUUCGAAAAUAUGAACGGGGGCGGCCGUGGUACACUGAACUCCACCAGAAGGUUU